AUGAAGCAGAGGGUCACGUUCAUCCACAAGACUGGCGGCGGCAUCAACCCCGAGAGCCUUGACAUCGGCCAGCAUGGCAUCAAGGGGCCUGACCUCGAGGCUGUGCGGGAGGACAGACUCACCUGGGGCAUCGAUGAACUCCCCGACGCCUUCAAAGAGCUCGCCCGCGACUCCAAAGCCUUGCAUGUCCGAUGGGCCAGCUCGGCAGCCUACACGACUGUGAGCCCUCUCCUCUCCAGAGUAUCUCCCGGCUUGCACAUCUUCUACACGCCGGCCAAGUGCCAGAGCGCGAAUGGGCAAGCGAUAUGCGCCGCCAAGACGAGCAUCUUCGGAGGAGACAGUGUGGACUUGUGCCAGGACAAUGACAACUUUGUCAAGUGGUCCACAGCCACUCACCCUCAAGCUCCUGAGCUUCAGUACUAUGAGUUGAUAGAGGAUAUUUCUCCUUUUGUCGACUUUAUUUCCCAGCACUGCGCGCCGUCGGACGCUGCGUGCACAUCAAGGGCCAGCACCUUGAGCACUGCUGCCGCCAUCGACAUGUCAUGGGACACGACCUCCGAGUCCCUCAAAGUGACCGCACAGUGGCCUCACGGGUCCCAGCCACUCUCUGUCGCGUCAACGCCGGGCCACCGCACCGAGGUAGGCAUCCUCGGCCUCGACCCCUCGGCACAGGCCGAAGCGCACGAGCUCGGCAUUUCAGGCGCCCUGACCGUCCUCGACACGGGAAAGGGUCCAUCACCCGUCAUGUUCGCCUUUCCGACGCGCCACCGCCAGUCCGACGCCAGCUUCACAUGCGGCUUUCUCCCGCCGACAGGCCUGCAUCCGACGCUGCAGCUCUCGCUGACGGGCUCCCAGCCGCCCGCGGACCAGGCGGAGGGCCGCUGCACGCUCAACGCCUACUUGACGCUGCCCAAGACCAUCUUUGCAGACCGCUACCAGCUCUCGGACGACCUCUUCCUGGCGUCCAAGAACCUCACGGCGCUGCGCCACGCGACGUCGCCCGUCGACCUCGAGGCCCCGGCCUACGCCACCCGAGUCUGGGGCUCCAGCAUCCUGCUCGAGCUCGCGCCGCCGGCACGGGCCGCCGCCUGGACGGCAGAGGUGCCACUGCACCUGCGCUACCUGGCGCCGAACACGGCGGGCCACGCCGACGUUCGCGCGCCGUACCCGGCCGUGUUCUGGGCGUGCGAUGCCGGCGAAGGCGCCGAGUUUCCGAGCACGCCUUUUGAGCGGGCCAACCUGGGGUACGACGCCUUGUUCGGGCCCAAGACUGUGUUCUGGCACGUGGAGCCGAGACCGCGCGCUGGCGACCGGCUGCUGAGCCAUGUCAGGGUGCCUGUGCUCGACGCGGAUGAUGCGCCGUGGGUGCGUGUCGGCACGGCGGCGGCUGUCGUGCUGGGCUUCGGAUGGGUGCUCUGGGUGCUUGUGCGGGCGUUCCUCGCGACGGGGCACAGCAGACAGACUGGGAGCGCCAAGAAGACGCAGUGA